GAACCGUGGAAACAUAUGGUUCAUCAAUCAUAUGUUAAGUUUCAUAAUUACUGUAUUUUUUUUUUUCCUAUAUAUAAGAAGAAGUUAAGUUAGAUUUGUAAUUAAAAGAAUUUGAUCUAUAACAAAGGAGAGAAAAGUGAUGGGAGAGUAUGGUUAUGUGUACCGUAGUGUCUCGACUUACAGUACCACAAGAAAUGGAACGCGUGAGCCUGCUGUCAUAAAACCGUUUGCUCCUUUCAUUCCCAAAAGUAACGGUAAUAAUUACUCCGAAGGCGCUGUUACCAAAAAAACAAUAGUUCCGGUUACUAGCAGGCCUUAUGAUGAACCAGCAACAGAAAAAUAUGCCUCUUCAGAGGAUGAAUCUGAUGAUGAUGAGAGGUAUCGUCAAACAAGCCCGGUUUAUAACUCCCCGCGUAAAGUUGAUGAUCGGUUCCCCACCAAGGUGCAGAAUCAUGAAGCUAGCCGUAAUCCUCAAAGGUUCGGUCCUGUAGCUGAUAGGGAUCGCCAUAGUCCACAGCCAACGGCUGAUGGACGAAAGCCAAUUGGAAUUAGUCCAAUUAGAAAUGAUAAAUAUGAUGGUACUAAUGCCUAUGGUGGUGACCGUCGUCCAACAGCCGUAAGGGAUCCAUAUCCCCCCCACAAAGAAGAGCAUAAACCAAUUGGAGGAGUUGGCCUAAAGAGUACUAGUGAUGGCUAUAAUAAUAACGGAUAUGGUGGUGACAAAGAAAGACGGAAGCCAAUUGGAAUUAGUCCAAUUAGGAAUGAUAACUAUGAUGGUCCAAAUAGGUAUGGUGGUCACCAUCCUGCAGGAGUUGUAAGAGAUCCAUAUCCCCACAAAGAAGGGCGUAAACCGAUUGGAGGAGGUAGUCCCGAUGGCUAUAAUAAUGGAUAUGGCGGUGACAAAGGACGCAAACCAAUUGGAGUUAGUCCAAUUAGGAAUGACAACUAUGAUGGUGACCCUCGUGCAGGAUUCGUAGGAGAUCCAUAUCCCUACAAAGAAGGGCGUAAACCCAUUGGUGGAGGUAGCAUAAGGAGUAGUCCUCCUGAUGGCUAUAAAGGAUAUGGUGACGACAAAGAAGGGCGUAAAUCGAUUGGUGGAGGUAGUAGCAUAAGGAGUAGUCCUCCUGAUGGCUAUAAUGGAUAUGGUGACGAAAAAGAAGGGCGCAAGCCCAUUGGAAUUAGUCCAAUUAGAAAUGACAACUAUGGUGGUGACCGUCGUGCAGUAGCUUUAGGAGAUCCAAAUCCUUAUAAAGAAGGACGCAAACCAAUUGGAGUAGGUAGCAUAAGGAGUAGUCCUCCUGAUGGCUAUAAUAAUGGAUAUGGUGGUGACAAAGAAGGACGCAAGCCGAUUGUAAGUAGCAUUAAGAAUGACAACUAUGAUGGUCCUAAUGGAUAUGGUAGUGACUACAACAAAAAAGAAGGAUACAAGCCCACUAGGAAUGGCAACUAUGGUAACAGCUAUGGUAUAGCUAACCGCGACAACAAGCCGUUUGGAAGUAGUAGCAAUCCUAAAUAUGAUGAUAGUGAUAAUGUCAAUUAUUACAACAACAGAUCCAAUUCCAAUGGACCAAAAAUUAGUUCAGAUUGGACUAAAGCACCAAGAAAAGGGGUUCUGUUAAGCGAGCCAAUUCAUGAUAUUGAGAAGGCUAUGGACUUGUUGAAGAUGGAAGCUGCAAAGCGCAAUCACUACUACGAUAGUCCAACUCCAACCCCUUUAGACAAUUGGGGUGUACCAGGUAAUUCUUCUCCUCGCUUUACCGACAGGACAGGCUCCGGUAUCACAAGACCUCAUGGAAAUUUCAACCAGCCUCAAUCACGACCACGCGAUUCAACAACGCGUGUCACAUUCGUUGAUGAUGGUAGAGAUGAUGAUGAUGAUGAUUAUUACAGGAGGGAUGAUUCAGGACGUUAUGGUUAUGGAUACCAUGAUGCAGUCAUUGACAGUAGGGAGGCUGAGAAGAUGUUUAAAGGCACCACAGUCUGAAAAUUAAUUAGCAACUUUACUAAGCUAGUAUGAAUAUUAAGUAAUAUAUAUGGUUGCUUAUAUUAAAGAUUAGUGUAUACCUUUCAAGUGUAUGGAUCUUGUGCACCUAUAUCUAUAUGGUUGUCUACCUUUUCUAGUGUAAAAUAUUAAGGGUUGAAGGAAUGAAUAAAUAAAUAAAUAAAUAAAUAUGCAUGUGGAGUGCUUAUUAAGUAAAAGCCCUUUUUAUCAAUUAGUGGCUGAUCAUUCCAUGUAUACAUGAAAUUGUGAUUGUUGCAUUAGCUGCUUAUGAUGUUAUGAUUAUUAGUCUAUUAUUACUUUGGGGUUACCGUGAUAUAGGAGGAUGACCUCUCCGGCCUAAGUAUCUACCAUUUAAGGGGGUUGACCAUCAAUCAAUAAAUUGUUUGGCUUGAUUUAA